CUCCUUCACGCGCGCAUAAAACAUGGAAACGAGAGAUUUUCUCGCGUUUCUCCUUUCGUAAAACCCUAAAAACCCAAUUUCUAGGGUUUUUUUCACUUCCCUUCUCUCUCUGCAAUCCCCCCGAUCAUCUCAAGGUACUUACAGUAUUUGGUGACCCAGGGGUCCAUCCUUGGAUGCCCACAAGAUGUGGAAGCCUACCCAAGAAGGGGAGAUGCGGGUUGAUGGAAUCCAACUCAAGCAAUUUAGUUCACCAUUAUCUCUAAUUUCUAGUUAAAGUCGUAAAUUAAGUUGAUUUUCACCACAUCAGCAUGGGAAAAUCCAACAAAAAAUCCAAAGCCCAGGUUGCUGCAACCCCCAUGGAAGUUUCACCUGUGAAAUCUGUGAAGAAAGGUAAGAGAGAUGCAGAAGAAGCCAUUGAGAAACCGGCCAAUGCCAAAACGCAGAAGAGAGAGGUAGAGGCAGCAAUCCUGAAGCAGAAUGAUGGCAAGAAGUCGAAAGAUUCUCACAAAGUGGCACUGAAGAAGAAACCUGAAAUUAGCAGUUCAGAGGAUACAACUUCAUCUGAAUCUGAAAAAGAGGUUAAAGUUGCCCCCAAUAAGGACACCCAGCCCACUAAGCCACCUGCAAAAGAAUCCAGUAGUGAGGAAUCUUCUUCUGAUGAGGAAGUGGGGAAUAAAGUUACCAUCCCAUCCCAAAAGUUGCCAGCAGUUGCUGCUAAGAAUGGUUCUGCUGCAGUUUCCAAGAAGAAACAAGAAUCAAGCGACAGUUCCGAUACUGACAGCAGCUCAGAUGAGGACAAUAAUACACAGAAAAAUGUUGCCUCCCAAGUAAAGAAAGUGCCUGCUCCUACUGUGAAGAAUGUUCCUCCUGUUGUGUCCAAAAGGAAAGCUGAAUCAAGUGAUAGCUCCACAGAGAGUGAAUCCGAUGAGGAUGAGAAAAAGGUUGUCUCCCAAGCAAAGAAAGUGACUGUGCCUGCCUCAAAGAACGUUCCUACUGUUGCCUCCAAAAAGAAAGCUGAAUCAAGUGAUAGCUCCUCUGAGAGUGAAUCUGAGGAGGAUGAGAAAAUUGUAGCUAAGGUUCCUGCCAGAUCGAAUAAACCACUGCCACCUAAGAGUUCACCUGGCCCAGCAUUGAAGAAGAAAGAAGAAUCAACUGACAGUUCAGAAAGCGAUUCAGAAGAUGAGGAAACUGCUAAAGCUGCUGUUCCUGCAAAAGGUGGUGCAAUAAAGAAAACGGAAGAAUCAAGUGAGAGUUCAGAAAGUGAUUCCGAUGAGGAUGAUGUACCCCCUGCCAAGGUUAAUGUUCCUGCCAAAAGACAGACUGUUAGUGCUGAGGACUCUAAACAGGAUGUUCUCAAGAAAGAUGAAAGUGAAGAUGAAAGCUCUGAGGACAGUGAUGAAGGGCCACAAAGAAAGAAGUUGAAAGUCCCGUCUACCGUGGCUACAAGUGCCGGAAAAACUAAUACAAAGGCCGUUAAAAAGGAAAGCAGUAGUGAUGAAGAUGAGGAUGACAGCUCUGAGGAAAGUUCUGAUGAUGAGCCUGUAAAGGCACAACAGAAAAAAGUCACUGUCACUCCAAAUGCUGCAAAGUCCAAUGCUAAGGCUAUUAAAAAGGACAGCAGCAGUGAUGAAGAUGAGGAUGACAGCUCUGAGGAAAGCUCUGAUGAUGAGCCUCUGAAGGCACAUCAGAAAAAGGCCAUCCUGACUCAAAAUGCUGUGAAGCCCAAUCCUAAGGCCGUUGAAAAGGUUAGCAGCAGCGAUGAAGAUGAGGAUGAAAGCUCUGAUGAUGAGCCCAAAAAGUCACAACAGAAAGUGGUAACCAAAACUGCAGCGAAAAGUAGCAGUUCCGAUGAGGAGUCCUCUGAGGAGGAAAGUGAGGAAGAACUGCCUGCCAAGACACCAAGGAAGGAUAAUGAUGUAGAAUUGGUAGAUGCUACAGCAACAAAGGCAGGUAAUAAGCAAAGUGCUGCAAAAUCUGAAAAGGGGGCUAAAACCCUUGCCACUCCUGUUCAAGCCUCUGGAUCGAAAACACUAUUUGUUGGCAACCUAUCCUACAGAAUUGAGAAAGCUGAUCUGGAGGAAUUCUUCAAAGGUGUCGGAGAAAUAGUUGAUAUCCGAUUUGCAUCAAAUGAAGAAGGGCGUUUCAAGGGAUUUGGCCAUGUGGAGUUUGCCACUGAAGAAGCAGCACAUAAGGCUCUCAAAUUGAAUGGUCAAGAUCUAUUAGAUCGGGUUGUGAAGCUCGAUUUAGCACGCGAGAGGGGUGCAUAUACCCCCUAUAGUGGCAAAGAGAGCUCUUACCAAAGGGGAAGGAAGGACAGCCAACGCCAAACCAUAUUUGUACGGGGUUUUGACAAAUCCCUUGAUGAGGAUCAGUUACGGGACACUCUUAAUGGACAUUUUGGGUCUUGUGGGGAGAUUUCAAGGAUUUCCAUUCCAAAGGAUUAUGAUACUGGCGCUCCCAAGGGGAUAGCUUACAUGAAUUUCAACAAUGAUGAUGGUUUCUCCAAGGCUUUGGAACUCAAUGGUUCUGAACUUGGAGAUUACACCUUGACAGUGGAGGAGGCAAGACCAAGAGGCGACAGCCGUGAUGGUGGUGACAGAAGUGGUGGUAGAGGAGGCGGAAGAAGUGGUGGCAGAGGUGGUGGCAGAGAUGGAGGCCGAUUUGGUGGCAGACGCGGCGGUGGCAGUGGCGGGCGUUUUGGUGGGGGUGGUAGGGGACGUGGGACACCUAAUAAGCCAAGCAUGGGUGCAGCUGGGACAGGAAAGAAGACUACCUUUAACGAUGAGUAGUGGAAGAGGCCCUUUUUUAGCAUAUUAAAGAAAAUGAGAGGUUUCGCUUAAGAUUUUGGUAUAUUUUUGUAUGGUUUUUGACAGUCACCAAUGGAUUGUAGCUGGUAAAUAUAUUUUGCUAGCCUGUUUAGGGCUAAGAUUUACUGUUUUCCCUUA